AGCAACAAAAACUUAACCCAUUUCUCUUUAUUUCUUUCUUUCUUCUUCUCUCUCUCAGAAACUCAAACAAAAAUGGAUUACAGCUGUGUAGACGACAGUAGUACAACGUCAGAAUCUCUCUCCAUCUCUACUCCGAAGCCGACAACAACGACGGAGAAACUCUCUUCUCCUCCGGCCACGAUGCGUCUCUACAGAAUGGGAAGCGGCGGAAGCAGCGUCGUUUUGGAUUUAGAGAACGGCGUCGAGACCGAGUCACGAAAGCUCCCGUCGUCGAAAUACAAAGGCGUUGUGCCUCAACCUAACGGAAGAUGGGGAGCUCAGAUUUACGAGAAGCAUCAACGAGUUUGGCUCGGUACUUUCAACGAAGAAGAAGAAGCCGCGACUUCUUACGACAUCGCCGCGAGGAGAUUCCGUGGCCGUGACGCCGUCACUAAUUUCAAAUCUCAAGUUGAUGGAAAUGAAGCCGAAUCGGCUUUUCUUGACGCUCAUUCUAAAGCUGAGAUCGUUGAUAUGUUGAGGAAACACACUUACGCUGAUGAGUUUGAGCAGAGCAAACGGAAAUUUGUUAACGGUGAGGGAAGACACUGUGGAUCGGAGACGGCGAUGCAAGGAAACGACGCAGUUUUGAGAGCGCGUGAGGUUUUGUUCGAGAAGACUGUUACGCCGAGUGACGUCGGGAAACUGAAUCGUUUAGUGAUACCGAAACAACACGCGGAGAAGCAUUUUCCGUUACCGGCGACGACGACGGCGAUGGGGAUGAGUCCGUCUCCGACGAAAGGCGUUUUGAUUAACUUGGAAGACAGAACAGGGAAAGUGUGGCGGUUCCGUUACAGUUACUGGAACAGCAGUCAAAGUUACGUGUUGACCAAGGGCUGGAGCCGGUUCGUUAAAGAGAAGAAUCUCAGAGCCGGUGAUGUGGUUUGUUUCGAGAGAUCAACCGGUCCAGACCGGCAAUUGUAUAUUGACUGGAAAGUCCGGUCUAGUCCGGUUCAGACUGUGGUUAGGCUAUUCGGAGUCAAUAUUUUCAAUGUGAGUAACGAGAAACCAAACGACGUCGCAGUAGAGUGCGGUGGCAAGAAGAGAUCUCGGGAAGUUGAUUUGUUUUCGUUAGGGUGUUCCAAGAAGCAGGCGAUUAUCAAUGUCUUGUGACAAUUUUUUCUUUUUUUCUUUUUUUCAAUUUGUUACUCCUUUUUCAAUAUUUUCUAUUAAAUUGGCAAGUUGUAA